CUGUUUGUAUAUAUUUACUUUUUUGUAAAUUCAAAUAAUAAUUAAACAAUGCAGUCCGUCGUGACUUUCGAGAAACCAUUACCUCAUUUAAGCUUACCUGAUUGGGAUGCCCGUCUCUACGGGUUAAAGGUAACAGCAGAUACCCGAAGAGCAGAUGCUUUCGACUUUCGUCAUAGUGCCCACCAGCUUAGGAAUGAGACCAAGAUCAAGACUGAUUGGGACAGCUACCAUAACAACAAUCGUCUUAGAGCCAGGGUAUAUGAAAUAGAUCAAUGGCGGUCGACUCUUCAAGAACUUCUAGAUCGUAUAGACAGAGAGAUGAACGCCUUGAAAGAGGAAAAGGCAUCCACAGAAAGAGAGUUGGAACAGUUGAACUUGCCUCUUUUAGUUUGCUCUGAGUGUCUUUCUAACAGGGACGGGAGAAGGAGCACAGAGUUGACGUAUGAUCUUGCCGACACUGAAUUAAAGAAGGAACUGUGUGUAACAGAGAGCAAUAAAAAGAUGCUGAUCGAUCGCUGUCAGUCAGCUUGGGAGAAAAUUAACAAACUAGAGGUCGUAAAGUUUAAGCUCCAGUUGGACCUAAAUGAUAAGAACGAAGCUCUCCAAAUUGACAAGGACAUGCUUGGCCUGGAUAAAGAUUGCGCUAACAUUACGUAUAAGACGGAUUCACUAAAAACUCCAAAGAGAAUGAUAACCUACGACCAAUGGUUAGACCAUUGCGAAGCCACUAAAAAAAUGGCGAUUGAUGAACUCCAAGAAACUCUAAGCCUUCGAGAGUCGCUAUUUGUAGCUAGAGGUCGCGCAAGGAACCUCCUGAAGGCUCAAACCGACGCAACCAAUUACAUGAUGCGUAGGCGUAUUUAUGAUACCCAAAGAGCUAGGAAUGAACUAGACUGGCAGAAACUAAAGAUGGAAGAAAACAUGGACAAACUAGCCACUGAACUGAAAGUAAUGGGAGAGCAGUUCACCGACAAGGUGAACGCGUUGAAAGUCGCCGAGACCCGCCUGGAGACUCGAGGGUACCGGCCAGGCGCCGAGCUGGCUGCGGACGAGGCCGAUAUCGGCUUGAAGGAAGAAGUGCGCAAUCUGAGAGAAACCAUCAGGCAGUUGCAGGAAAAACUCGACUGUGGCAAGGCAACUUACAACGCUCUCGAGGCAACUUCCAUCAAAAUUGCGAUGGACCUAGCUGACAAAAACCAGUCAUUGGAGACGGACACUCGCGCCUUGGAAAUGAGGGCGGCCCUGGAACCCAAGAAGCCGACUGGCACCGACAAGAACCUGGUUCUCGCCAGCAUGGCUGAUGAAGUUCCCAAAACGGAGCAUUAACAAGACAAAUAUUCACCAGGAACCACAAUCAUUCACAGCUAUGGUUCAUUGGCAAUAAGAAGUAUAUAAUCCGGGUACAUCGGCAUAUCCUCACAUUCAAUUUCUUGUCUUCGUCACGGGAGAAGUCUUUGGAAGUAAG